GAAUUUUAUCACUCCCCUUUUCUCUCUUCUCUUCCGCUGCCCCAUCUUCAAAUCACGAUAUCACGAUAUAUUUGUCGCUAUUUGCAAUUUUAUCUUCUUCCCUAUAUCUCACCUCUCAAUUACUUGUACAGGUAGUUCUUAGGGUUUUUGAUUCAUAAAGGAAGCUUCUCUUCUCCAUCUGCAAAAUUGACGAGCUUCUCUUCUCCAUCUGCAAAAUUGACGAGCUUCUCUUUUCCAUCUGCAAAAUCUUAGUGCGUUGUGCAAGUCUGUCACUGAUUCAGCAGAAUUUUGUCACCGAUUGACGAUUAUCAAAUCAAGCUGUUGUCUGUGCAAUUACCAAAGAAGUACAUGAAGGUCUCAUAUGUUGACUUAACCCGCAAUAAGGUUGUAUGUGCAAGUGAGAUAGACUAAGAACACCCAACUUUAAGGUUUAGUUUAAACUAAGUUCUUAGAAUAACUUGUUAUGAAUCAUUAUUAUUUUCUGUUUAGGUCAUUACCACUAUAAGGAAAAGAGCUUUUUAAGGCGGAUUCGUCAACUCCCCUAAACUCUACAAGAAUGAGUAAGAAAAUUCGUGCAAUACGAGCGUCUUGCAACUCAAGGGGUCGAUGAAGAAGCAAUGUUGCAUGGACCUAAAGAUCUUGUACUGAGAUGAUUUAUAUCUUCAUAUCUGAUGUUCUGACAUCUUGUAUUGAAGGAUUACAAAUGGCGUCAAAGUCUCGCAGCUUUGAUAAAUUAAAGAUUGUGACAGAGAAUUCGUAUUCUGAAGCAUCAAUUCAACAGGUGAACAAUCAAAACGGAAAUACAAAGUGGAAAUCAAAUGGACGCUCUAGUUGGCAACUUCUCCAUUCUCAUUGGGGGCAUCGUCCCAUUAUCAAGCUCUUCUUCAUUUAGACGCCUUUAUAGCCGAAUCAGUUCUACUACCCGGUCUUCCAGAACAAUAAAAAUAGCUUUUGCAGGCUUGUUUUUGAAGUCCAAGUGUGUUUAUUAUCCACUUAUAGUUUUUGUCAGAUUUAGAAUGAUUUAUGAAUUUUUGUUAUUAGUUUCAAUGAAAAGCAUUUUUAUAUGCUAUAUUGUUUUGUAAUACAAUUUGGAUAUAGACGUUAAUGAUAUUGUCUGUCGGAUUUUAUAUGCAUAAUGAAUUUUAUUUAUAUUACGUGUAAUAAGCUUUUAUAUGUUUUUUCAAGUAUCAUACAACUGGUGUAAUUGAAACUAUUGGUUCAUGCAAAUAAAAUUUAAUUAUAAAAAAAAAUAACAGGUUUGAACCGCCCCUAAUGGACAUGGGAACAAUGGGAUGGAUACAUAAACUAUGGGGCGGUUAUUACCACCCCUAAGGGAUAAAAGAAUAUUGGGGCGGUUAUAACCGCCCCUAGGUUUCCGCCCCUAAAAUAGAUAGUUUCCCCGGCAGUUGCUAAAACUGCCCCUACGUUGUAGUGGCGCCGGGGAAAACGGCGUUUUAAGGGCGGUUCUCGAAACGCAACUACAACCUAUAGGGGCGGUUAUAACCGCCCCUACAUGCGGAAAAAACCGCCCCUAUAGCCCUGAUUUGUUGUAGUGAAUGGCAAAAUUUAAAGUUCUUAAAGAUUCACUUAAAUGGGUUUCUGAAGGUGAGUAUACUGUGGUAAUUGAGAGGCUUCUUGAUUUACUUAAGACAGCAGAUAUGAAAUUAUGCAAGAACAAGGCAGAGUUGAUUUUAGAAGAUGAUGAAGAGCUUGAAGAAGAUGUUACUGAUGAACUAAUUCUUUCAUUAAUGAAAGAAAUCUGUUAUUUCGAGCUUUUCUGGAUGCAGCGACGAGUAAUGCCUAAUUCGAACAUUGCAUUUGAUCAAGAAUUGCUAGUAGCUGACUUAAAAAGAUGUGAAGAAGGAUUGAAGAAACUGGAAAUUGAGGUGAAUGAACUGUUGGAUGCAUCAGCACUCACUUUCGGAGAAGACGAUCAUCUGAUUCUCAACGAAAGUGGCGAUUAUAAGGCAAUGGAAGCGAAGAUAAAUGAGCUGUGGGAUCAAACUGAGGAACCCGAAGCAGAGGAGAAGAGAUGGAUUAAGAAAGUAAAUUGUGAACAAGAGGUGAAUAAGGUGUUAGAGAUGUAAUUCUUGAUAUUAGUUUGAUUGGUUUAAAGUGGUAGUUUUGCAUAACACAAGCUUUAAAUUUGUAAUUUUUCAGUUCUUUAGGGUUAGUGACAGUAGUAGAAUAGUAGCAAUUGCUUAUGUUCUGCUUAGGCAUUGACUGUUACUGAUAGAUCAGCUCACAUUUUUGGCUUUGAGUUGUGAUUUUGGAACUUGUAGUAAA